AUGCUGGCGGAUCUCCAAUCCAAGUUCCUCGUCACAAAAUUUGUCACAGAUAUACCAACAAACCUUCUAGGAGACUUCAGGGACUCAGCCCUGCUGUCUCACAAGCUCUACUGCGUUGCCAGCUGGCGCUACGCUGCGCUGUGCUUUGCCACCGCGCUGUCCAGCCUGGCAGCCUUCUCAGUCAUCGGCCAGGCCAUGGCUGACUCAGCCAUCCAGACAGGCUUCACCGGACCUCCCUCCCAGCUCUCCUUCCUGGAUCUGCACGAUGGUUACUCACCCAAAGAGGCCGAGGCUUUGCUCAAAGCCUGGAGCCCUUAUGGGCGGCGGCUGUACCUUCUUGUGGAGGCCAUAGACUGCACGGUCUAUCAUGCCGGGUACCGUGGAUUUCUGGUGGUGGUUGCAAAUCGACUGGCGGGGGCUUUGAGGGAGAAAUGGCCCGCGGUUGUGCAUGCGCCGCUCGCGCUGCUAGCAGCGCUGCCAGUGUUGCUGGCUGGCUUGGACUUUCUUGAAGACACUGGGCAGCCUCCAAGGGGCCCCCCAGCCCCUGCACCGUCAGCCCGUCAAGCCCCGCUAGCCACCGAAGGCCCUGGCCGGGACCCCACCCGAGACCCCGCCCUGAACGCCAUCUGGCAAGACGCCACGCUAUCCGAGACCUUUAAGCUCACCUACACCCAGCGCCUAGCCGCCAUGGCCAGCCGCCUGCAGCGGCCGAUCAGUCGAGUCAUCAGAGUGCGCGACAGCCUGCCCCGCGGCUCCCGGGAGCGCCUUCUGCUGUCGUGCUACAGCCGCAUUCUGCCCGUCCGCUGUGACCUCAACCGAGUCGCAGUCCUCAUGUGCCCAGCAUCCGCGGCAGACCUCACUGAAGAGCAGGAACGCAGCGUUACAGAGAGCAACUUUGUCUGCUUGCCAUCUGACAAGAGUAAGCUAGCGGUGCUGGAGCUGUUUGGCCGCCGACUCACGCUGAUGCGCCACAGCUACUUAACUGCUAUUGAUUGGAACCGCCUAACAAUUUCAGACAAGAAGCAGCUGGCGGCUGCGAUGUGCCACUCCACAGAGACCCAACAGACAUAUCGCCAACAGCCUCCACAUCCCGCACCAGGCACUUAA